CAUCGAGACACAAACACAUCAACACACGCUAGGGUUUUGUACCUUUCUCUCUCUCUGCACCUUCGUCCCGUUCGCUCCGGCUCCUCCGCCGACGGCCGCCACCCUCCGACUUGCUCCCAAACUCUGUUUUGUUGAAUCCACCUCUGUUGGGCGCAAUUGCGGUAUAUUAACACCGUGAAAAUAGGAGAGAGAAAGAAAGAUGGGAGAAAGGAAAGUGCUAAACAAAUACUACCCGCCGGACUUCGAUCAUUCGAAGCUUCCGCGGCGGAGGCAGCCGAAGAACAAGCAGAUGACGGUGCGGAUGAUGCUGCCGAUGAGCAUCCGGUGCGGCACGUGCGGCAACUACAUCUACAAGGGGACGAAAUUCAAUUCACGCAAGGAAGAUGCCGUCGGAGAGAAGUAUCUAGGGAUUCAGAUCUUCAGAUUCUAUUUCAAGUGCACUAAAUGCUCGGCCGAAAUCACCUACAAAACCGAUCCCCAAAACUCCGAUUACAUUGUCGAGUCUGGUGCGACAAGGAAUUUCGAACCCUGGCGUGCGGCGGAUGAGGAAACAGAGGAGGAAAAAAGGAAGAGAAUUGCCGAAGAGAGGGGAGAUGCAAUGAAAUCGUUGGAGAAUAAAACUCACGACUCGAAGAGAGAGAUGGAUAUCCUUGCUACUCUGGAUGAAAUGAAAUCGAUGAAAUCGAGACACGCGGCUGUGAGUGUUGACGCAAUGCUGGAAGCUCUGCAGCGUUCGAACGAGCGCAAGGAACUGAAAUUGGAGGAAGAAGACGAAGCUCUGAUAAAAUCGGUGUUUAAGGGGAAAAGAGAAGCCGUUGUUUUAAAAAGGAUUGAUGAUGAUUAUGAUGACGAUUCGGAUUGGGAUUUGGAUUCAUUAUCCGGUUCUUCAAAGAGGAUUAAAAUGUCGGAUUCUAAAUCAACUGAUUCUCGGAUAAAAGAAAGCGUUGAUGACAGCUCCGACAAUCGAGAUAAUGGUGGCGUUCACACGGCUUCUGGUGAUAAUGGUAAAUUUGUUUUCAAGUCUCGAACGGUUCGAGUUUCUGUGAUGAAGAAAUCAGGUGCUGAUUCUGAUGGGAACAAGGGGAAUGAAAAACGGGGUGCAGAACGAACCGCCUCUGGUUUACUUUCUUUAUGCCAGCAGUAUGGAAGUGAUGAUGACGACCUUUGAUUCGAUAUGGUUUGUAAAUAAUAGGAGAUUUAUAAGCAAACUCUGGAUUUCAAUGAAAAAAUUGAAAAGAUAAGUUUGGUUAUGCUAAUUUUACAAGUUAGACACUGCAAUUAGGACUUGAUUUUCAGAUCAAUAGGCUCUUAUCAUACAGUGAAGUGAGAAUCGUCCUUUUCGAUCCAAGAACGAAACUUGUCGACGCUUCCCAUCUAAUUUUCGUUACAUGUGAUAUGCCUAAUUGGCCCAACCCAAUGGGCCUACACAUUAUUUAUCUACCGGGCCACGAGCCCAAUAUCGAAGAC